AUGACCGCUCGUUUCUGCGUCGCUAACCCUCGCAGCAACCGCGAGAAGAUUACGGACACCCCCUGCGGCGCCAACGAAAUCUGUGUUCAGCGUCGCCUCCUCUCCAACGGCAAGAGCUACGCCAAAUGCAUUCCCGUCCUCGAUCUUGUCUUGUGGAAGACCAGCCCGGACGGAAACAAGGAAGGCUGCACCACCACCACCGUCAAGAGUGGAGGAAACCAUCACAUUGGAACAAUCGUUUACGACGUGAACCGCAACCCAAUCCAAGUCGACAAGAUCCGUUAUCUCGGAGAGCCUGGCGAAGUUGAUGAGGGAAUUGGCGGUUCAACCCCAUUCUUCAGCAGCAACCUUUUCAGCUUUGCUGGAGGCCAUUACCUCAAGACUUGCGUUUUCGCCGGUGGCUUCGGAAACCUGAACGCAUACUCCUGGGCUUGGUCUUAA